GCCGCUCUGGGCACUUGAUUACUUCCCCGUGACUAAUUCCUUGCUUCAGGCCAGCGGCGCUGAACACUCCAACUAUUGUCAUUCGGCCCCGUACCACGUACCGACUGCAACGCGUUUGAUCUCCCGCUAGAUCCUGAUCAACAAAAUCUUGCAACGUACCUGUUCCGAGGAUGUUCCCAAUUUUUGAAACAUUUGAGAACAGUCCACCGUCGGAGAUCGAUGAACAGGUUGUUGACGCUUUGCGACUCCUAGAUUCAAUCGAUCAUGGACCUUUGCUGGAUAUGGAACCUGAAGAGAAGAGGCUGCUCUACAAGAGCGAAAUAGAACGAGACUUCAGAGAGGUCUUUGAAGAGCUUGAUUCGGACGAAGCUUUUGAGGUCUGUAAGCAAUUUCAGGAGUAUAGACUCAACCGUGAUCUGGGGCUCCCGAUAAAGGGAAUUUAUCAAAAAAUGAAAUCCGUGGAGAUAAGUGAAGAGAAAAGGAGAAAGUUGGUAGCGAUUUUGGUCUUCCACCAUGCUGUAACGUUAAAACAUGGGAAAAUGGGAUGCUUUUAAAGAAAUGAAUACAUUUACAAUAGCGGAUAUUUUAAG